AUGCCUUCCGCCGAUCCGCGCGCAGACUCGUCGUACAGCCGCCCAAGGGUGCCCAUUGAACUUUGCGAGCAGAUCAUCGACUACCUGUACGACGAGCACCGGGCGCUGUCGGCGUGCAGCCUCGCAUGCCGCGCAUGGGUCUCGACUGUGCGUUCUCUCCGCUUUCGCCACGUCUGCCUCGCGACUGCGACCGUGCCCUCCUUCCUCGCCCUCCUGCAGGGGUCGCCCACCCUCGGGACCCACGUCCGCUCGCUCCUGCUCAACUUCGCCGAGCCGUCCAUAGAUGCGCAGCUGCAGCUCCGCAACGACCUGGAUGACGCUAUGUCGCACCUGCAGGCGGUGGAGACGCUGCGGCUCGAGUCGCUCGUCGUCACACCGGCGGGGGUCGCAGCGCUCGGGCGACUGCUCGCGGUGACGCGCCUCGAGGUCGGCUACGGCCUGAUCGCGAACGCGGCGGAGGACCUCACCGUGCUCGUACGCUCCUUUGCGCGUCUCACGCAGCUGCAGAUCCGCGCAGUGCCGUUCGCGCACCGUCUGGAGGUGCACCUCGCGCCAGUCUCACGCAAGAUCCUGGACAUCCUGCGCCCGCACUACCCCUUCGAGCAGCCCGACGUGGCGCACGAUAGCCGGCUCAUGCAGUCGUUCUACAAGUAUCUGCUACGCGGGAGCCAUCUGAGUUUGGGAGACGUCACGUUUCGCGAGUCGGCGACGCGCGGGUUCGUUGCGCUGCUGGAAGGCGCGGCCGCUAGCACGACGCUGGAAGAACUGUCGGUGAAUUUACUCAGGGUUGGAAUGGUCAGCCGUGAUGCAUUCCAAUCCUCUCGCAUACAGUGCAAGAGCUUGAGACGGAUCAACUUGUACCAGGUGCGGUUCGCAAGGACACCGGGAGGCGCAGAGUGGAUAGUCGCCUUGCUGUCGCAGGUUGCGACGAACGCGGUGCAGACCAUAGUGUUUGAGGUCGAGGUAGAUAUAAGAGAGAACCUGGACUGUUUCACAUUCACGAGGGCUCUGACGGGCCCACUCGCACACGAGAACUUGCGGGGAGUGGAGAAGUUUGGCUUUAUGGUUGACGGGGAUGAGCCAGGCGGUGGAGUUGAGGGGCGAAUUCGUAGUUUAUUUCCUGACCUGGAUGCUCGCGGGCUUCUUGCUUUCCAAUACUGA